UUGGACCACUACGUAGCGACCGGACCCGUUGCGGCGCAACGCGCGAGUUGGCAUGUUGGUAGGCGUUGGCACCGUGCUCGUGCUGUACGAUGAGUCCGUAUGGUCCAUACUCGGCACGUGAACAUGGCAGCUGGAGCCGGGGUUGGGGAUGGGGCUUCAGUCCCAAUGAGGCCACCUGGAGGUAUGUCGGUGAAAGUAAAGGACACGACAUGAUCGUUUGUUGUUUCGGCGUCGUCUCCGCGAUGUUCUUCAUCAUCGCGCUCGUGUGGUGGAAGGCUGGCGGAGCUUUGCCGGCUUUGCCGACCUGGUUUGCCAGUGGGAACAUCAAGCCCCUGCACAACUGUCACGUGGGCUACGAUGAUUGGCAGAAGACCUGGGAUUAUCGGAAGCAACUCUGGUGCUGCAGCAACUACGGCCGCGGCUGUCCAAGUUGGACCUUGCCCCGAGGCAACGAUUUUCAGCCCUUUGACUGUUCUGCGGGUUUUUCGCAUUGGAAAAGCGGAUGGUCGGAGGACAAGAAGAUCUGGUGUUGCAGGAAUCAAGGCCGAUGUGCGGAGUACAACUGCGACCAUGGCCAGGCCAGCUGGCAUUUGGACUGGACCGCGCACAAAAAGGCGUGGUGCUGUCUACACACUGGAGUCGGGUGUGCCACCACGACCACGACGGAUCCUGUGCAGGAUCCUGUAGAUUUCGACUGUAGUGUCGGUGUCCACUCGGAGCGGCAAAGCCAUUGGUCCAAAGCGAAGAAGGAGUGGUGCUGUCACCACUAUCACCGUGGCUGUGACUAUGAUUGCAGUGCCAGCCCCCUGUGGCAAAGCGAGUGGUCUCACAACCAAAAGGCGUGGUGUUGUCAACACAAAGGAAAAGGUUGCCCUGGAUUUGUCGCGCCACGCUUUGAUUGCGGUGAGGGCGCUUAUCAAGGAUGGCAUCAAGAGAAGAAGGACUGGUGUUGCAAGCAUGAGCAUGUGGGCUGCGCCAGUCAUGAGAGUUAUGAUUGCAGUCAUGGCUUCGAAAAUUGGCGCCAUGCCUGGGAUGAUGAGAAGAAAAGCUGGUGCUGCAGGCAUCACCGCUGUGGUUGCGAGCAUGACUGCAGUGGCAUCGAGAACUGGAAAACCCACUGGUCAUCGAGCCAAAAGACCUGGUGCUGCGACCACGUGGGUGUUGGCUGUGAAAGGACCCGUCAUGGACUUCACGACUUGUGAUGGAAAGUCACGCAGAGGAAGGCUCCGUCCCCCAAAG